UUAUAAAUAGUGUGUGUUCAAUAGAUAGUGAAUGGCUACAUCCUGCCUACACACCAGCUUAUUGUUUCAGCUAAAACCUGGAAAUUGGAUCACGUGAUGAUGUUCAUGAAGUCUUACUGAAUAUUCUCGUAAGCUGGGACGCCCGGCGUUCCUAGGGGAACUAGCACGUCAAACGCCACGGCUCCCUGGGAAACACUCCGCCCAGGAUUUUUCACCACAUCUGGCAGCUGAAAUUGUUUGACACGUUGGAGCGCCGGGGCCUGUGCUGAGCCCUCGGCUGCACCAGCUCCUUCCACCCACAGGGCCCCCAGGAAGUGGCGCUGUCACGACCCCUCAUGUUCCAGUGUGGAAACUGGCUCAGAGAGGUUCGAUCUGCUCCAGGCCGUGAAAACAGCAGCGAGUGGUGGAACCAAGAUGCAGCGGCGGGAAGCGGGUGGAGAAGGCCAUUCGAACGACAUACUUGGAACAGUCUUUCCUCCCCAGAUGCUCCAACGUGGGAGCAGCUGCAUCACUGGGGGCGCCGAGUUUUCGAGAGACCCACGGGAUGUGGUGACAUCAGCCGGUUAAACUGAACUCCGCGCCUCGCUGUAAACCCGCGUUGCCCUCAAGUCUCGCGCUCCCGCAGUUCCUGCCGGGAGGACGCUCGGAGUCCCAGGGAUGCGGCCGGAAGAGCAGCGGACGCGAGGGCGGGAAGGCGGCAUCCUGCGGCCCUGGAACAGGGGCAGCUUUCCGAUAAAUGACCAGGACUUCCCGUUCUGGGGAGGCGGGACUUGAUCCGAGCUCGACCGUGGUCCUGACCAGGGGAGGCGAGACAAGCAGGGUCUCCAGUCCCAGUGGGUAUAGAUGUCCAGGUUGAAAGCAUUGACAGCAUUUCAGAGGUUAACAUGGACUUCACCAUGACUUUUUAUCUCAGACACUACUGGAAAGAUGAGAGACUCUCCUUUCCUAGCACAACAAACAGAAGCAUGACCUUUGAUCACAGAUUGAUCAAAAAGAUUUGGGUGCCUGAUAUCUUUUUUGUCCAUUCUAAAAGAUCUUUCAUCCAUGAUACAACUAUGGAGAACAUCAUGCUGCGUGUACACCCUGAUGGAAAUGUCCUCUUCAGUCUCAGGAUAACUGUUUCUGCGAUGUGCUUUAUGGAUUUUGGCAGGUUUCCUCUUGACACUCAAAACUGCUCCCUUGAACUGGAAAGCUAUGCCUACAAUGAGGAGGACCUAAUGCUCUACUGGAAACACGGAAACAAGUCCCUAAACACGGACGAGCACAUCUCCCUUUCUCAGUUCUUCGUGGAGGAGUUCAGUGCAUCCAGUGGAUUCGCCUUCUAUAGCAGCACAGGUUGGUACAAUAGGCUUUUCAUCAACUUUGUGCUGAGGAGGCAUAUUUUCUUCUUCAUGCUGCAAACCUAUUUCCCGGCUGUGUUGAUGGUAAUGCUUUCGUGGGUGUCAUUUUGGAUUGACCGAAGAGCUGUUCCUGCGAGAGUUUCCCUGGGAAUCACCACGGUGCUGACCAUGGCCACGAUCGUCUCCGGAGUAAGUGCCUCCAUGCCCCAGGUGUCCUACGUGAAGGCCGUGGACGUGUACCUGUGGGUCAGCUCCCUCUUUGUGUUCCUGUCAGUCAUUGAGUACGCAGCUGUGAACUACCUGACCACAGUGGAGGAGCAGCACCGAUUCGAGAAGACAGGGAAGGUUUCCGGAAUGUACAAUAUUGAUGCAGUUCAAGCCAUGGCCUUCGAUGGUUGUUACCAGGACAGUGAGACUGACGUGGACCAGACUUCCUUUUCUCUACACUCAGAAGAGGACUCUGUGCCAGGAAGAUGCACAGGCAGCCCCAGCGCAGAUUCAUCUCACACAAAGAGAAGAAAAUCCCUCGGGGGGGACGUUGGUAAAGCCAUUCUGGAGAACAACCAUGUCAUUGAUACCUAUGCCAGGAUUUUAUUUCCCAUUGUGUAUAUUAUAUUUAAUUUGUUUUACUGGGGUAUAUAUGUGUGAAGAGGAACUCCCCAUGUACACAACUUGUUUUGGAGUCAGAUUAUGUUAAAAACAACAACAACAAACAGCUCUUGACUAUAAAUUGGAUGGUACUAGACUAAACUGCACGUCGGCCAGUCACCUCUCCUGACCUAAGAAGACUUGAAGUUGACUUUCAGUCGAUUUCCAUUUGGAAAGAGUUUAAGGCCCUGGAAGAAUCUGCCUCCACAAAUAAGAGUCACGAGCAUACACACUAUGGAAAACAGUUCCCAUAGGGAAGGGCUUUGUAACUACUUCAUCUGGGCCCUCCUUGCUUUCGAAAGGUAAAUUUUCUGUAUUUAACUAAGGAGUAAAGCUGGACUAUGACAGUAAUUCAAGGGGACUUCGUUCCUCCAUGCUAGCCAACUCCCAGAUUCCCAACAGAGCUGAAUCCUCCUGGGGAAGAACAUCGGCGCUGAGGUGGCACCACGGACACACGCGCUGAGAUCCCCACGAGGAGCCUUCCUCUCCCAUCUCCAGUCGAGUCUUUUAUCUUAUUUCACUAUUAAGUUCCAUAUAUUAUUGAGUCCAAAGGGGACAAAAAAAUCUAAACUUCACUCAGUCUUCCCAUCCUAAUGUUAAAUUAAUAUACCAAUCUUCAAUAAUAGCAUCUUGUAUUUUGUAGUUGAGGUAUAGCUUUCAUAGCUUCUUGGGAGUAUUUAAUUAAUUAGUUACUUUAUUUACCAAAUGUUUCUUGACCUCCUACGUGUGCCAGGCACUUUAUUAGGCAUUAUGUACUAAGAAACAAAUACGGAAUGACAUUCCUGCCAUCAGUGAGUGCAUAGCCUAGCAGGAACGGUGAACUGGUAGUCAUAAUAAAUAAUAAAUGUAAUGGAUGUUAAAAUGGAGCUGUGUACACUGUGCCGAAAAGGGAAUCCCAAAAGAAGGAAAAGAACAUCCACAAAGGGACGUGGACGCUAAAUUUAUAUACAACUGAAGAUGCUUCCAGACAUGGUCUUGAGUGAAAAAUUGAGUGAAAUUUACGUUUCCCAUAGUAAUCUUUAGUAACUUUGGUUGAACCAAGGAAAUCAGGUCACGUGAGUAUUAAAUAAAUGUUUGUUAAGUAGAAAAACCUCCAAUGAUCAGCAUUCCUUUGGUAGACUGGCAGUGUGCAUGCUUUUUUGUUGAGUGUUUUGUGAAAAACAUUUCAUUUAGAGAUAAGCCCUUGGUAGGAAGUAUGAAAUAUUUCCCGUCCUAUUUUGAUUUCUGGGAUUGGAUUAAGAAAAAUAAAUUAAACAGUAUAUUA